AUGUUAUUUCGAUAUGUUUAUCAGUGAGUUCAUUUGUUAAUAUGCACAAUAACAACAUACAUUAUGUAAUUCCACAAUGGGGCUUGGGGAGGAUAGAAUGUACACAGACGUUAUCCAUAUCUUUGUGGUGUAGAGGAGCUGUUUCCGAAUGUAAAUGUAAAAAGUUACAGUCUUGGCAUGUAAACCAAUUGCCCAAAUAACUAGAAGCUUCGUUCUUUAACAUUAUUGGCCUGUCCUACUGGAUUUUUACUCAUUGUGUAGCAUUUGAUAUGAAAGUUAUAGUGAAAUUUGAUAUUACAAAUCAAGAACCUUUACUAGAUGGGAAUGAGGACUUGAAUUAUGGAUAAGGAUUUGCUAAGAUAGUUUCUUUUUCUGUUCCAUGCUGCUAUGAUGAUUAUUUUCUCAAUAAUUCGCGAUCCCAAAAAAGUAUAGGAGAACAACAAGAGAUAUUAAAAUUGAAGCUAAGCAAGCAUGACAGUGUUGUGAAGGUUACCAAUAUGCAGAUUAAACUGUACAUGGACCCAGAGACUUUUAGAUUAAUGGGUAAAGAACAUGCCUUGCUGAUAGCAAAUCACAGAAGUGACAUUGAUUGGCUUGUUGGGUGGGUCUUAGCUCAGCGAUCCAGUUGCCUUGGUAGCGCAUUAGCUGUUAUGAAGAAAUCUUCAAAAUUCCUUCCUGUACUUGGUUGGUCAAUGUGGUUUUCCGAGUACCUAUUCCUUGAAAGAAGCUGGGCCAAGGAUGAAAACACGAUAAAGUCAGGUCUUCAACGACUACGAGAUUACCCUCAACCUUUCUGGCUGGCACUUUUCGUUGAAGGCACUCGCUUUACACAGGCCAAGCUUUUGGCUGCUCAAGAAUAUGCAACCUCAGCAGGGCUACCUGUUCCGAAAAAUGUGUUAAUUCCUCGUACCAAGGGAUUUGUCGCAGCAGUCAGUCAUAUGCGCUCAUUUGUUCCAGCUAUUUAUGAUGUUACAUUUGCCAUGCCUAAAAGCUCACCAGCGCCAACAAUGUUGCGUAUCUUCAAGGGUCAAUCUUCUGUGGUUCAUGUGCACAUCAAACGCCAUGAGAUGAAAGAUCUACCAGAAAAUGAUGAAGCCACUGCUCAAUGGUGUAGAGAUAUCUUUCUAGCAAAGGACAAACUGCUGGACAAACAUAUUGCUGAAGACACCUUCGGAGAACAACAGCUGCAGAAUGUUGGCCGCCCAGUGAAAUCCUUCCUGGUUAUUGCAUCUUGGGCAUGUAUUGUCUUAUUUGGUGCUAUAAAAUUCAUACACUCAACAGCAUUACUGUCUUCAUGGAAGGGUGUUGCAAUUUCAGCUGCACUGUUGGCUGUUGUUACACUACUUAUGCAAAUCUUGAUUAGAUUUUCUCAGUCAGAACGCUCAACACAAGCCAAGCCAAGUACUGUUAAUCAGCAUUCAACAAAUGGACAACAAAAACAACACUAACACACAUUUCUUCACAUCUGAAACAGAGAUUACACCUGCAAAUUUAUAGCAUUUUAGUCCUUCAUCAGAAACAGAUUAUGCAGAGCAAGUUACACGUUCCAUUUCAAAUAGUUAAAAGGGUAAAUCUAUCGUAAUAUUAGCCUUAUGCAUGUAGUUUCUUACUUUUGAUAUUUAUAGUCUAUUCUGUUUCAGUUACAGCGUUAAUUUUUUUGUUACUAUACUCUAUACUGUUUUCCUUAAUAAUAAUAAUAAUAGACAUGUUCUCUACUCUGUUGUGUUUCUUACUUCGAUAACUAUUUUGAUUUGCUAUACUCGUAAAAUUUUUAACAGAUAAUUGAUAAAUAAGUUUAUUUCAAUUACAAAGAAUGAAAAUUUUAUAGAAUUAAAUCAAGGAAUAGUAAUUAAAUUCAAGCAUGAAAGCAUCUCAGAAAUUCACAAUCGUCUUCAAAUUCAAUGCUUCAACAAAGCGACGAGAGAGAUGAGCAAAGACAUUCCAAUAACAGCACCAGAAACUGGCAAAGAGAAUCCAGCUCCGGCAUUCGGCGACGGAGCCGGUGACAUUUCAGGCACUUGUGCAGAGACAGCGAUGGCGGCGAAAAUCACAGCGAGGACGAAAGUCAUGAAGAUGCUAACUUGCGCCAUUUUCGAUUAAUCUAACAAAAUACAGAAUUAAGCUGAAUCAGAGGAAUUUUUUAAUUGCUGUUGGAGAUUUAUGGAAGGAGUGAAGAGUAUUUAUAGGUAGUGAAUCGAGGAAAAUGAGGGCGGAGAAGCGGACACGUUGUUGAAAGAGUCCAACUCAGAUCAGUGUUGGACGGCGGCGGACGGUGGUGCUAAUGAUUGGAGGAGAUCGUGGGCGGUGGCUGAUUAGGUUCUGUUUGGCACAUGGUUGUUGACCUAUUCAUGUUCUAUGCUGAAUAAUGUCAUUGAGCCAUUUGGUUCACUUAAUAAUUAAUUAUUUACACAUA